ACCAUGCUUUGAAUAAUUCUUUUAACAACAGUCAUGUAGACCCAUUUGCAUGUACCAUUCUUUCAAUUGCUUACCAGAACAAGCAUGGAAGCAACCGGAGAAAAAGCAUGGCAUUUUCUGCAUGUGGUUCGGAAUAUGGAAGUAAAUUCUAUGCUAUUUAUGGCAUAGCAACCAUCUUGUGUCUUCCUUUAUAAUCCCUAUGCAAAUCCAAUAUAGAAGAUUAACCUAACCAUGUCCCUAUCUAUAUCAUCACAGCUUCAGAGGCAUGGUUUUAGGAUUCAACUCCCAAGGCUUUCUCUAUUAUCUUUGAUUCAAGGGGGUUCUGUGAGUUUUCUUGUUUUGGUUUGACUUUGUUGGAUAGAUUUGUUAAGGGAAAAUUGCAGUUUCUGAUUUGUUGAAACUGCAAAAUUUAAGGGUCUCAAAGUAGCAUUAGAAUUGUUCAUGGUCAUGGAUGUUUGUUAGUAAUGUUCUUAGUUCUUAUAUACUACUAGAAAGUAGUGAUUGAAGUUUCAACUACCACUAUUGGUGUAGUGUGUUCGGAGCCAAAUCUUUAACGUGAAUCGUCACUCUAUCUCUACAUUCAACAGAAACAAUAAAAAGUAACUUGUGCAUCAAUUGAACCUGUGGUGUGUUGAUGUGAUUUUGUGACGUUGUUCUAAAUACGCUAUACAAUCUCAAUUGAGUUAAAACUAAGCAAUUAAAAGCCUUUAAGGUGAAUUUGGAUCAAUGGUUUCUUCUGUCUUUACCCUUAUCUGUGUUCUUCAUGCCUCAAUAGCUCUUACUUGUGGAGCUUUGAUGAUAUUUUACUCCAAAGAGAUCUCUGUGCUUGGCCAUGGACCAGAAACUGCAAGCAAGCUUAAAGGGACAACACCCCAUGAUCAGCUUUUGAUUGAGACCUCUGACUCCUUCUCUGGCUUGUUGUUGUUCACAAUAGGGUUAUUUCUUUUGAUGGUUGCCUUUGUUAAGGACAGAGAGUUUCAAAGUUUCUUUGCCAAAGGGUGUGUGAUGCUCCACAUUUCCAUGGCAGUGUGGAGAUUCUUCUUUGAGAGGAAGCUUGGAGAUCUGGCACAUGAAUGGCCUAGGCAUGCUGUUGGGGACAUUGCACUGGCCAUUUCAUGGGUCUUCUUUCUUGUGUACACAUGGAGAGAGAAAUAUGAUUAGUUAGUUUAUCUUAUUGCAACAAGUUUUGGUGCUUGUGGUAACAACAUGGCCCCAAAAAAGGUUGAGUUGUUUUAGUUGGAUUGGAAGGAACCAAUGUUUUCACUUCAAUGUUGUUUGGACACUUCAAAGGGAUAAUUUAAUUUGAGGAAAUUUUGGGUCUCAAUUGGCCUUGUGAAUGCUCAAAUUCUUGACAUGAAUGGAGAACCAUUAUAGAGUUAUGGUCUUGUUCAAAGAAAGGAUGGAAUAGCUUUGGAGGACCACAGAUUCUUUGUGACAUUAUUUAGAAUCUGGGUUGGGUUGGGUUGGCAACUUUCCUUGAUUGAUGCAAUUUGGGAACUCUAAUUAAUGUGAUCUUCAUUUUCUGCACAAGGAGUGUGUAGUUUGUAAGUUGAGUAGUAUACAUGUGUUGUUGUAAAUUUCUUGUAGCCAAUUUGAUUUUUAUGGAUAAAAAACAAACUUUAUUUUCCUUUCAUCCUUGAAAAUGUACCAGUUUCUAUUACCCACUUCUGGCUUCAAUUGAGAAAGUUCUGAAUGU